GCCCAAGAACGGGGGCCAGCCCUGUCCCGGGGAGGCCCUGCAGAGCCAGCCCUGCAACCUGCAGCCCUGCGGGGACACCCAAGACUGCGGCCCCAGGAUGGUGCUGGUGCGGGCAGGGGACUGCGCGCGGGGCCUGGUGCCCCCCUGUCCCCAAGCCUGCGGGGACCUGAGUGCCACCACGAGCUGCCAGAGCCCCUGCCAGGAGGGCUGCCGGUGCCCGCCGGGGCUCUUCCUGCAGGAGGGCGCCUGCGUCAAUGCCAGCCAGUGCCACUGUCACCUGGGCCAGCAGCGCUGGCUGCCCGGCCACGUCUUCCUGCGGGACAACUGCAGCCAGUGCGUGUGCCAGGACGGGGUGGUGACGUGCGAGGACCUGUCCUGUCCCAUCGCCUGCGGCUGGUCUGCCUGGUCGCCGUGGACCCCCUGUGACCGCAGCUGUGGCGUGGGGACGCAGGAGAGGUUCAGGUCCCCUUCCAACCCUGCGGCAGCCCACGGCGGAGCCCCGUGUGACGGGGACGCCCGGGAGGUGCGCGAGUGCCACACGCCCUGCGGCCCCGAGCCGAGCAGCGGCUGGAGCGCCUGGACCCCCUGGUCCCCCUGCUCCCGGAGCUGCUUCCACCACGUGGACCACCGCGGGCGGCGGCGACGAUUCCGGCACUGCCAGGGGCCGGGGCUGGCGGUGGCAGGGGUCUGGAUGCCCUGGUCCUCCUGGUCCGAGUGCUCGGCUCCCUGCGACGCCGGCGUGCAGACGCGCAGCCGGGCCUGCGCCCCCCCCGCCUUUGGGGGGGCCGAAUGCGCGGGCCCCCUCCUCCAGACCCGCGACUGCAACGCCCAGCCCUGCGGAGCGCAGUGCCCCGGAGCCAUGCGGUACCGCACGGCCGAGGAGUGCCGGAGCCAGGGGGGGCCCUGCCCGCGGCUCUGCCGGGACCUGGGGCCCGGCGUGGCGUGUGCCGCGCGGUGCCAGCCCGGCUGCCACUGCCCCGCCGGGCUCCUGCUGCAGAACGGGACCUGCGUGCCCCCCGGCCGCUGCCUCUGCCACCACCGCGGCCGCCUCUUCCAGCCCGGUGACACCGCCGCCCUCGACGCCUGCAACAACUGGUGGGGGUGA